AUGGAAACAUAGUUAUUUCAUUCUGUUCCUGACACAUGAUGGAUCUGCAUGUCCCUGUUGGCCUUCUUCUAAUUUUUCUCACUGGAGGAUACUCUCUCAAGUGUUACACGUGCACACCUGAUCUUAUGGGUCGCUGUGAGGCAAAAGUGGAGAUGUGUGGAGUUGGAUAUUCCAAAUGCCAAAGCACAACAAUAGAACAAUCCAUUGGAGGUUCUAAGGUGUCUGUCACAACUAAACAGUGUGCCCCUGCAUGUGAACCUGCUGGAGAGCCAAUAACUACUCACUGCUGUGACACUGACCUCUGCAAUGCAGCAGGUAUUGUCCUUUAUAUGCAGUGUUGGGAGUAA